AUGAGGCCUUCAGUGACUUCAGAAAAGUGUAAGCGUUCCUUCGACGCAGUCGACAUCGUUGACAUCCCUGACGGACAGGAAAUUUACGUUGAGCGCGUGACCGGAAUCAAACUCUUCGUAGCAUCCACGAAUUCUCCGAAACUUGCCGAAGGCGACGCAAGGCGGGUGGAAGUUGUUACAAAAGUUGAUGAUGACGAGCCUGAACACGACAGCGCUGCACCGAACAGUCAGGCAUCUGAAGGAACCGAUAGUGACGGCACGCUGCCCGGUUCGACGGAGGAGGUCAUGUCACCACCUAUCAUCAACACUCCCAUUGGAUGCGCUGAGAGCAUGCUGCCAAAAGGUGAGGCCCAAACCAAGAUCUCAGAAGAAGACAGUGUAGGUGUGAAACCUGGGGUAAACGAGAAGUGCUUAGCACCGACCAACGUCAGCGCUCAAAGCGAAUGUGCUGGGGGCAUGCCACUCAAAGAGAAGAGCAAGAACAAGACUUCGAAGAAACUGAAGCGCGAAUAA